UGAAAACAUGAGAACGGAAACAGCCGUUCAUAAUGCUCUGAAUAUACUAUAUUUAUCAAACUGAGGAAUUACUGCAGGAGAAACAACUGGUAUACUAUAGUAAAGAUGGAGAUUAAGGAGGAACCCUGCAGAAUAAAAGAGGAAGAGGCCGAGGAACUAAUAGGCCCCGUGGAGCUGGAUGAACUCAAAAAACAGCCUCAUCAUAUCAAAAAUGAAGAUGGAAAUGCAGCUGAGCAAAAUUUUACAAAGAAACAAGUGCAAAACACUGAAGUCAAAGAGCUGUUCACCUGCUCUGAGUGUGGUAAGAGUUACAUAUAUAAAUCCUCCCUUAAAAAACACAUGAGUGCUCACAGUGGAGAAAAGCUGUUCGCAUGUACUCAAUGUGGAAAGAGUUACAUGUACAAAUCAGAUCUUAACAGGCACAUUAAAGUUCACAAUGGAGAAAGACCUUAUACGUGCGCCGAGUGCGGAAGCAGUUUCAUUUAUAAAGGACAUUUAAAGGAGCAUAUGAAGAUUCACAGCGGGGAAAAACCGUUCACGUGCGCUCAAUGCGGAAACAGUUUCAUGUACAACAAAGACUUAAAUGCGCACAUGAAGAUUCACAGCGGAGAAGACAUGUUCGAGUGCACUCAUUGUGGAAAAAAGUUCACACGUAAAGGACACUUGAAUGUGCACCUGAGAGUUCACACUACAGAUAAACCGUUCGCAUGCACUGAAUGUGGGAAGAGUUUUAAAUAUAAAAGCGUGCUCAAUAAUCAUCUGCACACUCAUGCUGAAGUCAAGUCGUUUAGCUGCGAUCAGUGCGGUAAGUCAUUUGUUUGUGCAUCAAACUUAAGAACACAUCUUAAAGUUCACACUGGUGUGAAGCCUUACAUUUGUGCGUUUUGUGGAAAGACGUUUCUACAUAUGAGUUAUUUAAAAUUGCACCAGAACACUCACACCGGAGCGAAACCUCAUGUGUGUUCAGUCUGCGGCAGGAGCUUCAGUUUGUUGAGCAACCUAAAAAAGCACAAGAGGAUUCACACCGGAGAGAAACCGUACAAGUGUUCACACUGUGGGAAGAGUUUCUCCUGUUCGUCGGCUGUGAAAGCUCAUGUGAGGAUUCACACCGGAGAAAAGCCGUAUCAGUGCUCGUCAUGUGGGAGGAGGUUCGCUCUUUUUCAUAAUAUGCGAAGUCAUGAAAAAAAACAUCGGCUAAAGCUGUCAUCGUGAGCAAACGUUUAUUGUAUUUCUUUGUAAAACCUAUACAGAAAUCUAAAAUAAGACAUUAUAAUCAAAUCAAAUGUGUUUUAAUCUUAUAUAUUCUUGCUGCCAUCGCUAUGAGGGUUGAUCCUGUAAAAAAUGCUGGAUUCCACACAAUCGAUUUGUGAAUUUUUUUAGUUUAGCCCUGCACAAUAUAUUGUUUAAGCAUCAAGAUUGCAAUGUUUUAUUAUUAUUAUUAUUAUUAUUAUUAUUAUUAUUAUACACUCAAUGGCCAUUUUAUUAGGUACACCUUACUAGUCACGGGUUGGACCCUUUUUGCCUUUGGAACUGCUUUAAUCCUUCGUGGUGUAGAUUCAACAAGAUACUGGAAAUAUUCCUCAGAGAUUUUGCUCCAUAUUGACGUGACAGCAUCACACAGUUGCUGCAGAUUUGUCAGCUGCACAUCCAUGAUGCC